GGAGAGGAGGCAGCAUUGGUGGAUUUCACAGCAGACACCCACAAUUCCAGCAUGAGCUUUUGUGAGUCAGAGCUCACCUCUUCAGAUGCUCUUUUGUUAAAAAUCUAUGAUUAAGAAAAAAAUCAAUAUUGGCUUUGCAGCAGGUCAAAGGUCCAGAGCUUGCUUUUAUAGAAGAAUCUGACAGAGGGUAAAGGUGGUCUGCAGCUGCAGGUGGAGGCUGUUUGGGGAGGAAGACGAGGGGACAGCCAGACCCAGCUGAUCCAAAAGCAAGAAAAGGCCCUAUUUCCACCAAGGCUGAGAGCAGAAGGGGACCGUGGGAAGGAACCGUGCAGAGGAGCCUGGGCGACAACAGCUUCCCUUCAGAUGUGAAGAGCCAGCACUUCAGGCAGUUUCUCUACCAGGAGGCUGAGGGGCACCAAGAGGUUUGCAGCCAACUUCACCAUCUUUGCCACCAGUGGCUGAAGCCAGAAAGGCGCAGCAAGAAGGAGAUCCUGGACCUGGUGAUCCUGGAGCAGUUCCUGGCCGUCCUGCCCCCGGAGAUGGAGAGCUGGGUGUGGGAAUGCAGGCCAGAGAGCAGCGCCCAGGCGGUGGCCCUGGCAGAAGGCUUCCUCCUGAGCCAGGCAGAGGAUGAGAAGCAGGAGCAGCAGGUGCAGGAAUGGAUCGUGCAGGAGGGUUAUAACAGAACAACUUUUCCAGGUGGUAUCUUAAAACCAGUGAUACCUUCUUUAACAUCACUUUGUGGCAGAGAAAAAGCCGCUUCCAUGCAGCAGGACUUGGGUCCAGUGACCUUUGAGGAGGUGUCUGUGCACUUCACGGAGGAGGAGUGGGCCCUGCUGGAUCCAGACCAAAGACGCCUUCACAAGGAGGUCAUGGAGGAAAACCGUCAGAAUGUGGCCUCUCUGGAGCCUGAAGGUCCCCAGGAAAAGCUCAAGGGAGGACCACAAGAGCUCCCUCUGGAAGGGAAACAGCAAAGAAGAUGCACUGGAACAGACCGGAAGAGGGGGAGUGAAUCCUCUGCUUCUCAGGGUACUGAAUCCCAGGACUUCCCCCCAGAGCAAGGACAGAUCAGUUGCCCUUUGUGUGGAAAAACAUUCAGCUAUAAAUCACUGUUUGAUAGACACUGGAGAAUCCACAGAGGGGUGAAACCGUAUCAAUGUUUGGAGUGUGGAAAGGCCUUUGUUCGGAAGGGACACCUUUUGGAGCAUAAAAACAUUCAUACGGGGCAGAAACCUCAUAAAUGCUUGGAAUGUGGUAAGAGCUUUGCCCGAAGUAAAGAUGUUACUAUCCAUCGUCGAAUCCACACAGGGGUGAAACCGUAUAAAUGUUUGGAGUGUGGAAAGAGGUUUACUCAGAGUGCCAACCUUACUGCACAUCAACGUUUCCACACAGGGGAGAAACCAUAUAAAUGUUUGGAGUGUGGGAAGAGCUUUGCUCAGAAGAUACAGCUUUCUGUCCAUCAACAAAUCCACACAGGGGAGAAACCAUAUAAAUGCUUGGAGUGUGGAAAGAACUUUGCUCAGAAGAUACAGCUUUCUGUCCAUCAACAAAUCCACACCGUGGAGAAACGAUAUAAAUGCUUGGAAUGUGGAAAGAGCUUCCAUGAGAGAGGAAAUCUUACUAUCCAUCAAAGAAUUCACACAGGGGAGAAGCCUUAUAAAUGUUUAGAGUGUGGAAAAGCCUUUGUUCGGAAGGGACAGCUUUUGGAACACAAAAAUAUUCAUACAGUGUGGAAACCUCAUAAGUGCUUGGAUUGUGGUAAGAGCUUUGCUCUGAGUAAACAUCUUACUAUCCAUCGUCGAAUCCAUACAGGGGAGAAACCAUAUAAAUGUUUGGAGUGUGGAAAGAGCUUUGCUCAGAAUAAAUACCUUACUACCCAUCAACGAACCCACACAGGGGAGAAGCCAUAUAAAUGUUCUGAUUGUGGAAAGAGCUUUGCUCGGAGUAACAACUUUACCAUCCAUCGACGAAUCCAUACAGGGGAGAAACCAUACAAAUGUUCUGAGUGUGAAAAGAGCUUUGCUCGGAGUAAAGAUCUUAUUACCCAUCGACGAACCCACACUGGGGAGAAACCAUAUAAAUGCUUGGAAUGUGGAAAGAGCUUUAUUCACAGAGGCGCCCUUACUGUCCAUCAACGAAUCCACACAGGGGAGAAGCCAUUUAAAUGUAUGGAGUGUGGAAAGAGCUUUGUUGAGAGUUCAAAACUUACUGUCCAUCGACGAAGCCACACAGGGGAGAAACCAUAUAAAUGCUUGGAGUGUGGUAAGGGCUUUGGCCAGAAAACAAAUCUUACAAAGCAUCAAAGAAUUCACACCAGAGAAAAACCUCAUAAAUGCUAUGAAUGUGGAAAGAGCUUUGCUCAGCGUGAAAGCCUUACUGUUCAUCAACGAAGCCACACAGGGGAGAAACCAUACAAAUGUUCUGAGUGUGAAAAGAGUUUUGCUCGGAGUAAAAGUCUUACUUCCCAUCGACGAACCCACACAGGGGAGAAACCAUAUAAAUGCUUGGAGUGUGGCAGGAGCUUUGCUUUGAUUGGAGGACUUGCUCGUCAUCGACAGAUCCACACAGGGCAAAAACCAUUUCAAUGCUUGGAGUGUGGCAAGAGCUUUGCUCUAAGUGCAUACCUUACUGUCCAUCAACGUAUCCACGAAGGAAAGAAACCAUAUAUAUGCUUGAUAUGUGGAACAACUUUCAACCAAUACACAGAGCUUAGCUUCCAUGAGAGAAUCCAUGAAGAAGAGAAAUCAUCUAUAUAUUUGGAGUGCGGAAAUGGAUUUCUUGGGAAUGGAACUUUUUCUGUCCCUCAGCAUAUCCAUACAGGAGAAACCAUACCCUGUCUUCCUCCUCAACAGAGAUCCAAAAUGACUUACAUUGUUCUCCUGCCUUUCAUCUUUCCCUCUCAGUAACCUUGCUGAAUGAGUCACUGACUCACAGUCAACUUCCAAAGGGAUAGGUGGGAUUUGAACUUGGACAGACACUCUAACUGUUCCAGGUACUGAAAGUGCUAUUUAGCCAGCUAGCUUUCUCAUUUUAAUGCUAUAGGAUCUGCUGAGACUGUACUGGCUUUUGAAUAACUUUAUUCUUUCUAUGGUGGUUGUGGAUUUUCCAGGCUGUUAUUCAGUAAAGAUUUCUCUAUUUUAUCUGUUUUUAUAAUUUAUAUUAAGUUGUAUUUUAAUCAAUGUUGUACCUCGCCCUGAGUCCGCUUGUGGGGAGGGCGGGUUAAAAAAUAAAAUAAAUAAAAAAUUUAAUUUAGUUUAUUGGAUUUAUACUCCGCCCUCCCCACAUCAGCAGGCUCAGGGUGGAUAAUAACACAAUUUAAAACAUGUUUAACUAACAUUAAAAUUAUAAAAGUACUACAUCUUAUCAUUAAAAUUACAUUUAUAUAAAUAUAUAUAUAUAUAUAUACACAUAAAGAGCAAAGAAACAAGGCAGCACAUCAUUUGAUUUGGAUGUUCCAUACAGCAGUUCUUCCCAGAACAAAAAUAUAAAAAGAUGGACAACGACAUUGCAUGGGAGGGCAUAUGGUUUAACCCCCCCCCCAAUCU